AGAUCUAACUCGUACCUAUUGAUGCCAGCAAGCGAAAAUUAUCUCAAUCGCUCAAACACCAUCGCCCAUUUACCAGAAAUUCCAAUUGUACAUCGUUCUCUCUUUUCUUUUCUUUUUUGCCAUACUAUUCCUACCUCAAGGAUCCACCUGUAGCGCCAUGGCUCCCACACCGUUUUGUUUCGUUUGCCAGAAGCAGCAGAGCGCCAAUGGCGACCAAUUGCUGUGUUGCGGUAACUGCAGACUUUACUGGUACUGCUCCAAGGAGUGCCAAAAGAGCGCUUGGAAACUGCACAAACCCGAUUGCAAAAUCCUAGCGGACAAGAGUUCCUUCACGUCAACUACGGGGCCCGACUUCCUCCACUACAUCAAGUUCUCGAAACCUCACGCCAAGGAUAUCGACCUCAUUGGACCUUUCCACCCCAUAGAAGAUGCCGCAGUCAGCAUAAGAGAGAGAUUAGAAAGAGAGAACAGCCAAGAUGGUCUUAAGAUCUUCGAUUUCCUAUUCAACACCACUGGGAUGUCUAGCGUCAUUGCACAAACCGCAGCUCUUGCGGAGGGAAAUCAUCUACGUGUCACCUUCACAAACGAAUCGAAUCCAGAGGUCACGAAAGCUUUACAGUCACGCAAACCCGGAGCGUCGGUAGACACAUACAACGUCAUGACUAUGCGCCCCAACUUCGCCGCCUUCAACAAUCCCAAGUCACACGAUCACGUGCUGGUCGAUGAGCAAGAUAUCUACAAGACCUUCCUGAGCAAGGACGAGGCCAACCAGACUGCGAAGGACCUAUUGCAGGAGUGGAAGAAGGAGUCCGGGGAGGGAGCCAAGGUUGACAGCAACACCCACGACGAGGACAUGCUUGCUGGCGCAGUCUUGCCGCAGAAGGGCAUUCCGCGAUGCCUACAGGUCAACCACGAUGCGACCGCGCGGCCGGAUGUGAGUAACUAAAAGGAAUGCCAAACUCAGCGUAUGACUAUGGGAACUACCACAGCCCGGAGUCACUGAUGGAUAUGACUAGGUAGCACGUAGAAUAUGAUGCACAGAUAGCGAGCUUUGAUAUAGAACGCAGUCAAAAGAACUCGACUCACCACCUGAGUCUGCAGAUAUAAAAUCUUUUCUUCGAUGUAUUCACCAUUAACUCAAGUCCACACAAUAUUCUUCCUCACUAAAGCAUCCACGUCUGCAUACACACUCCAAAAAUGCCAAACCUUUCCUUUAUGAU